UGUCACGCCGGUUUUGACCAAUCAACAGCAACCACGAAGCACACACACAAACGUAGCUAGAAUUUGCUUUUGAUUUUUGCCAGCUCCGAAUUAUUUCGACGUGAAAGAUAAGCAAAUAAUGUUUAAUUGAAUUGAAUAGAUAUAGAUUAAAGUAAAAUAAAUAAGCGGAAAUGCAAUUAAUUAAGUGUGUGCUACUUGUGCAGCUGGCGCUCUUCCUGGUGGACGAGGCGCUGGCGGGAAGGGAUUUCUACAAGAUACUGAAUGUGAAACGCAACGCGAAUACGAAUGAGAUAAAGAAGGCGUAUCGGAGGUUGGCCAAGGAAUUGCAUCCGGACAAGAACAAGGAUGAUCCGGAGGCAUCCACCAAAUUCCAGGAUCUAGGUGCUGCCUACGAAGUGCUCUCCAAUGCGGACAAACGCAAGACCUACGAUCGCUGCGGGGAGGAGUGUCUGAAGAAGGAGGGAAUGAUGGAUCAUGGCGGUGAUCCGUUUGCAUCGUUUUUCGGUGACUUUGGCUUCCCCUUCGGCAACGGCGGUGAUCCCCAUCAGCAUGACACGCCCCGGGGCGCCGAUAUUGUGAUGAACAUGUAUGUGUCGCUCGAGGAACUCUAUUCCGGCAACUUUGUAGAGAUUGUGCGCAAUAAGCCGGUGAUGAAACCCGCCUCCGGCACACGCAAAUGCAAUUGCCGGCAGGAGAUGGUUACCCGUAAUCUGGGACCGGGACGCUUUCAAAUGAUACAGCAAACGGUGUGCGACGAGUGUCCCAAUGUCAAGCUGGUGAACGAGGAGCGUACUCUGGAAAUUGAGGUGGAACAGGGCAUGGUCGAUGGCCAGGAGACACGCUUUGUGGCCGAGGGUGAACCCCACAUAGAUGGCGAGCCCGGAGAUCUCAUUAUACGUGUACAACAAAUGCCGCAUGCUCGAUUUUUAAGAAAGGCCGAUGAUUUAUAUACGAAUGUGACCAUCAGUCUGCAGGAUGCACUCAUUGGUUUUACAAUGGAGAUUAAGCAUCUGGACGGGCACAGUGUGGGCGUAACGCGCGAGAAGAUUACGUGGCCGGGAGCACGCAUACGGAAGAAGGGCGAGGGUAUGCCCAAUUUCGAGAAUAACAAUCUGACCGGCAAUCUCUACAUCACCUUCGACGUGGAGUUCCCCAAAAAGGACCUGACCGACGAGGACAAGGAAGCUCUUAAGAAAAUACUCGAGCAGUCGUCCAUAAAUCGCGUGUACAACGGACUGUGAAUUGAGGAGCGUACUUCAGGGCUAUAUACUUUAAGUAGUAUUUAUAUGUAGAUCAAGACUUUGUUGCACUAAAUUUAACUAUAGUCUAGAAACUGUGAGAUAAAUCAAUUCGGAGUCGUUCCAAGCCAAUAACGGAGGCAGCAGCAACAUGAACAGGUUACAACAACAACAACAACAAAAAACACAAAAA